AAAGAACACGAAAACAAUGCAAAGGUCUUUCGCUGUCUGAUUGCUUCAGAUAUCAAUAGAAAAAUAGUGAUGUUUACUUAUAGAGGGCGCCCUUUGAAGUCGUUUGGCUUGGAGACAAAUUCUAUGCAGUCUGCUCGUGGUAUUACGGAAAAUGUUUUUGCAUUUUUUUCUAUAAAAAACCUUAUCAUUUCAAUAUUUAUAUUUUGGUGCUUUUUGGCGUUAUGUUGUUAUUGUCAUUUUUUUUGUGGGGGGGGGGGAUAUUAUGCGUAGCUGUGCCGAGUGGUUCUAGAUAAUCGAUGCUACUCCAUUGUGUCCCACUAAUUCUAAUCGAUACCCAUGAUCGAUUCUUUCUUUUAAGAAGCAUUCCAGCUCGGCAUUACGGCCCAUCAUGUUUAUCGAUUCUUUUGCAUCUCACGGGGAUGGUCUGUAGGCUACAGUGACCCAAGACACAAACACAUUUUUGGCUGCUCUCACUCCUUACGUGCCCCGUGGAAGAAGAAAGCAGAUUUCACGGUUUCAAGUGGAUCUACUUAAUUCACGAAACUUGGUUUCGACCUAAAUUCCUUCAGUUGAGAUUUUAAUCGGAUUAAUAGUCAGCAUAAAGUGGAAACAGAAUGUAGCUUGUGUGCAUAGACUCACUGUGGUUAACCAUUCAUCGAAACUUCAAUUUUGUGGGAGGAAGAAAUCCACAUGAUUGUCAUGUCCACUGCGAUGUGGCGCAAGUAUCGCCACAAACUAUAGACGCCUGAUCGGGGUCGAGUCAGUGAAGAUCCACCGAUCACCCAAAUGCCGAUGUCAUUUCGCUCUCCAAACCCCGGGAAACCAGGAACCACAGCCCCGCCUGUUGCCUCGGAGAAAACUCGCAUCGAGGUUUUCCUCCCGAGUUCCUCGGAGUCUUACUCUGAGAGACAGGACGUCGACUCCCUGCCGGAGAGCACCGAGUCACGGACAGUAAACGCCCAGGGACAUCGCGACGCACCCUCCCCCGUCGACGGGCGGGAGUUCCCCGUCAAACCCACCAUGGCUCAUCCGCUGUACCAGCCUGGGCGUCGCGCCGAAGACGACCCGCCCAAACUCAAAACGCGGUUCGCUAAGUUUUCCAAACCCGGAAUGGACGCUGAGUUAGCCGCAACACCGGGGACCUUGUCCGCGGCACCGGGGCAUGGGUCGAAGUCUACGGGGCUGCCGAGCGAAAUUGACGGCCUACCUGGCCCUGGGAUUGGCAGGAGCGCUAAAUUCUUGUCAAGCUACUCGCACAACUACGGGCAGAACGAGGGUGGAAAAACAUGGUGGUCGGCAAAGUAGACAGAUGCUUGAGAAAUGCUCGCCAAAACUACGGAAAACAAAAUAAAUUUAACUUUUACAAAUUAAGACAUUUGACGUUUUGACUUCCAUCAUUCUCAUUCUCGGGUACAUACAGGUGUAAUAUUAAAAUGCUGUAUGCGCAUGCACACUGACUUGGCCAUCCAGCCUUUCUAAGGGACAUAUGAUGCAAGAGCGCAUGCGCGUGGACUUAGUACUUUUUUUUUUUAUUCAAUCAUACAAACCUGAAUAUUUAUAUAUUACUUCCGAACAGUUCAGAGUAAGAAGAGCGUGUUGGCCUAGUGGUAGGCACUCUUGACGCUCAUGCCGGAGGUUGCGGGUUCGAGUCCUGGCAGAACCACAUUAGAACAUUUUAUAUCUUUUUGACUUAUAUUUAUUUAAUUAAAAAAGAGUAAAAUUCUGUUUUAUUUUAUUUUAUUUUAUAUAGUUGGGGUAGACACGCGAUACAAAACUCGGAGCGCCGCAGGUUUCCCUGCAGCCAGUCCGAGUUGCCGCGGCCGGGACUCGAACCAGGGGCGCCGGCUUGCCCGUCGGCACCUCUACCGGGUGCGCUACCUGGGUCCCCCAGUGAAAAUCACACUUCCUAUAAUUAAAACCCUUAGAAUCGCCUGAAGAAAUAAAAAAAA